UGAGACACACGAGACACCUCCAAGAGCACGAUAACCUAGCAGUCUGGGGAAAUCAGCAAGGCGUUUUUCAAAUCGAUUUUUCAACUAUAAUAAAGCAUCACACUGGAUUUAAGAAUGGCGAGUGGACCAUCCUACAUGCUUCUAUGCACCUUGAUGCUAAUGAUCGUGAGAGAAGGCGUAGCUACGUCGCAGUUCCUGAAUGACUUCGGGUUGUGUAUCGUGGACAAAGGUUUCACAGCAUCAGCCGGAGAUUUUAUGUUUACAACCGAUCCCGUGGUUGAGCGAGGCUCAGCGGCCAGUUUCAUCAUAUCGCAAGAUGGGAUCAAGAUCAAUGAUGACGGUACUUAUUUAUUCAUUAUUCAUCGAGCUGGAGUGAUUGCCAGGGAUUCUCAAGGAUCCAGGCCUGACCCGUUUCUCUUGAAAAUCAGCAACACACCCAAUGUUGAAAUAGUGGACACCGGAGAAGAGUCGAUUUGUACCGUGCAUGUGUUGGCCGAGUUAAAGAGGGAGAAUAUAGUGUCUAUCAGUAUACCAUCAAGUCUUAAUACCGUCCCUGCAGAUGAAAACCGACCUUUCAUUUUCUCGGCGUUUCUCCUCUAUCACACCCCAAUCGUCUCGUUUCCACGUGCUCGUCAGAGUGCUUUUUCGGUUAACUUGAACGGCGUUGACCUCUCAGUUGCUGAUUCGAUCAUCAAAUCAUUCGCACCUCCAACAGUCAACAUCGGCGACGAAUUCGACAGAAUGACAGGUGUCUACACCGCCCCCUUCGAAGGUCUCUAUAUGUUCCACCUGGCGGUCACCUUCUCAUCUGAAGCAGAUGGAGAAGGAAGAGCCGCCGUAGCAUUUCAAACGAACGGGAAUACCAAAGCUCAGGUUUCUGACCAAGUUCAGAGUAUUCCGCAGAUGCCGGCCUUUCGAGACAUCUACACCUAUUAUUUGCCACCACAAAACAGCGCUAUUACUGUAGCUCAGAAUCUAAACCAAGGUGAUAAAAUUACUCUUCGAAAUGUCAUCGCGGUAUCAGGAGUUAGAGGAAGUGUUACGUUUGUUGGAUACCUCCUUUCCUAACCAUCCAAAUUAUGUUUUGAACAAUCCCAAAUUACACAUGUUUGCAAAUACUCUUCGAACCAUCAAACCGAAUACAGAAUUGAAAAAGUUUACACAAUUUUCCCGAAGCAAUUGAACGGGAUUGAGACGAUGCUUAUAAUUAUAAAAAUAGCCUAAUCUAUCUGAACAGAAAACUACUGCUUAAUUAGUCCUUUCGUUUCGUAUAUGAUUAGAUGUACAAAGAUGACAAUAGGACAAUAUUUUUGUUCCCAUGUUGAUACCAAAGAACCCGAAGAAGGGAGGUCAGUAAGGAUUUUAUUUUCUGUUCAUGGAUUCUGACUGGUAAAGUGAUUAGGCCUUAUAUUUGUAAGACGUAUUAUUUACAUUUAUAUCAAUGUACAGUAGAUCCAUCUGACAGUGCAUUAUUUGAUAAUGAAUAAGCCACUUCAGGGAUACCAUCUGCGCAUGAGCAGAUAAAGGUCAAUUUUGUACAAUACUAUAAAACCAAUGGCCAUCAAGACGACUGUUGGAUAAUUGGUCAUAGAAGUUAGGAAAUAAUUAUUGAUGUAUGCACCGACAGCACAUUCUAUGAUACACAGGUGGAAAACUAUAAAGUUUUCUUUUCAAGAUUUCAAACAAAAUGUAUUCAUCAAUCACCGACAUCACUUUGGCAGUGAUGAAUUGUAAAAUUAACAAAGAAAAUAUAUACAUUAAGGGGGUAUUUGUACAACUGCUGUCUCUGAAGUGAUUUGUUUUUCGUAGUAUAGAGGAAUACGUUUUUUUCCAUCCAGAAUAUCUGUUCGAGCUCUUGAGAUCAAGACUGUUUGUAUAGCAUACAUAAGGCAGAUCUAAUGAGGUAUAAGAUGAAUAAAUGAAUAAAUGGAUGAUAU